GAGAGAGAGAGAGAGAGAGAGAGAACUUUUUUAUUUCCAGUUCCGUUCGGAUUUUUUAUUUUUUAUUUUUUUUCCCUUUUUCUCCCGCUAGCAGUCAUCCGCGAAAGCCUUUCGUUUCUUGUUCCCGGCUCCGGCUCCGGCUCCGGCGAGGCGAGCGGCAUCCGGAAGUGCGGCCAGCCAGCCAUGUUCUUCCUCAGAGUCCACUCUGUGGACACGGAGCACCCCAUCCCGACCGACUACAGCGACUUCACCCCACAGUCCCACCUCCCCAUCUUCACCGAGAGGAGAGGCAUCAUCCACCUCUUCCGCUCCCUCUCCCACGCUCCUCUCUCCAGCCCGACCUCUCGAUCCUGCACCCUCUUCGUCGUCGCCGUCCCCAAUUACUUCUCCGACGACGACUUCAUUCGCUUCUGCGGAUCUCACAUCGAUCACAUCUCCCACCUCCUCUUCAUCAGGAAUGACGGGAUCGAAGAUAGGUACAGCGUGUUGAUCAAGCUUGUUGAUCAGAUGAAGGCCGAUGGUUUUUAUUGCACUUUCAAUGGAAAACAGUUCUCACCAUCUGAGGCAGAAAUAUGCCACAUGUUGUUCAUGCUUGAGGUGGAGUACACCGAGUCAGCUGAUGUUGCCGGCACACCUCCUCCUGGGUUUACCGAGCUGCCAACUUGCCCAGUUUGUCUAGAGAGGUUGGAUCCAGACACUAGUGGAAUUCUCAGUACAAUUUGUGACCAUUCAUUCCAUUGCUCAUGUGGUACAAAGUGGACUUAUUUAUCUUGUCAGGUAUGUCAAUUGUGCCAGCAGCAGGAUGAGGUGCCAACAUGCUUUAUAUGUGGAACGAUGGAAAAUCUCUGGAUUUGUGUGAUAUGCGGUUUUGUUGGAUGUGGAAGGUACAAAGAGAAGCAUGCUAUUAGCCAUUGGAAGAAUAUGCAGCAUUGCUAUUCUCUUGAUUUGCGAACACAACAAAUAUGGGAUUAUGUUGGCGACACUUAUGUUCAUCGGCUCAAUCAGUCAAAAGCUGAUGGAAAACUGUCUGAGACGAAUUCCCGUUGUGUAUCACUCGAAGGAGAUUGCGGCACCUGCGGUUACAGUGAGGAUUCUGGAAUUAGUGGGGCACUUUUAAACAGCAAAGUUGAAGCCAUAUUUGAUGAGUACAACCGUCUUCUUGCAACUCAGCUGGAGACUCAAAGACAAUAUUAUGAAGCCCUUCUUUUAGAGGCCAAAAGCGGAAAAGAGAGUUCUGUAGAAGAAGCAGUAGAGAAGGCUGUGACUUCAAAAGUGCAGGAGAUCCAAAAUAAUCUGGAAAUUUGUAUACAGGAGAAAAAAACUGUUGCAGAGGUUAAUGAGAAUCUUAUAAGGAAGCAACAUAUCUUGCGUAAAAAGGUCGAGGAGAUGGAAGAGAGGGAAGCGUCAUCAUUGAGAUUGAAAGACGAAAAGAUACAUGACCUGGAAGAACAGAUUCGAGAUCUCACUGUAUAUAUUGAAGCCCAAAAGACGCUUGAUAACAUGAAAGACGAAGAUGGCGUAAGAGGAGGAACUCUUUUACCAGUCCAAUCAUCCUCCUCCGUCAAUAGCAAAAGACAGCCAAAGUCGAGCCGGAGACGGAAAUAGAUGUCUCCUCCUCACAAGGAAAUACCAAAAGGUUGGUGAGUGGGUUCUGCCCAAAGAAAAACCGGGGGUGGGGGGUUUGGGGUAGCACUAUUUAGUAAAGGGUUUAUUUUUGUUUGUAUGCUAAUUUUGAUAUUCUUUUCUGGUGAGAUGUAAAUAAGCCUCGCGAGCUCUUGUUGAUUAUUAUAUGGGUUUGAGACAGUAGCACUACAAUUUCCGAGCA